GAUUUUAACAAGCAAUCAUCGCAACACUUGGGCCAAAGCCUACAACAACCUCAUCAAAGACAAGACCAACAAGGAAUCCGUCCGCACGAUCGAAAAGAGCAUUUUCACCGUCUGCUUGGACGCCCCAAUUCCCCGGGUCUCAGACGACGUCUAUAAGAGCCGGGUGGCUGCCCAGAUGUUGCACGGAGGAGGGAGCCGAUGGAAUAGUGGAAACCGCUGGUUCGACAAGACCCUGCAGUUCAUUGUGGCGGAAGACGGAUCCUGCGGGCUGGUCUACGAACACGCACCGUCCGAGGGCCCCCCCAUUGUGGCUCUGUUGGAUCAUAUUGUGGAAUACACAAAGAAGCCAGAGCUUGUAAGGUCUCCCAUGGUGCCGUUACCGAUGCCGAAGAAACUACGGUUUAACAUCACCCCGGAAAUCAAGAACGACAUUGAACACGCCAAACAGAACCUUAACAUCAUGGUGCAAGAUCUGGAUAUCAAAGUGACCGUCUUCCAUCAGUUUGGGAAAAAUUUCCCCAAAUCGGAGAAAAUCAGUCCGGAUGCUUUCAUCCAAAUCGCUUUGCAGUUGGCUUAUUACAGGAUGUAUGGGGAGCUUUGCUCCACUUAUGAAAGCGCCUCGCUUCGGAUGUUCCGUCUCGGACGGACGGACACCAUCCGCUCGGCCUCCAUGGACGUGCUUAAGUUCGUACAGUCCAUGAGUGAUGAAAAGAUCCAGGGACAGGAGAAGGCAGAACUGUUGAGAAGAGCCACCCAAACACAUCGAAGCUAUACUGACAUGGCCAUUAGAGGAAACGCAAUUGAUCGUCACCUGUUGGGCCUGAAGCUGCAAGCGAUCGAGGAUCUGGUGAGCAUUCCCGAACUCUUCAUGGACACCGCCUACGCCGUGGCCAUGCACUUCAACCUCUCCACCAGCCAGGUGCCUGCCAAGACAGACUGUGUGAUGUGCUUCGGCCCGGUGGUGCCGGACGGCUACGGCAUUUGCUACAACCCCAUGGAGGAUCACAUCAAUAUCGCCGUCUCGGCCCUCAACAGCUGCAGCGAAACCAACGCCGCUCGGAUGGCCCAUUACCUGAAGGAGGCCCUGCUGGACAUGCAGCUCUUGCUCCAGUCCAACCCCAGGUCCAAACUCUAAGAGGGGCGGACGGCCUCUUCAGAUGACUGACCUCUGGGGGGGCUUCAUCCACACCCUGGACUGCCCCCCUCCUCCCCCCCGACGGACGGCUUUCCCCGGUUGCGCCAACUUAGUGGGAUGGAAAUGAACUCCCAACAGCGCCCGACAGUGGAGAUCCCUGCCGCCUCGCCCGUCUUCCUCCCCCUGCUCUCCUUUCCUCCGUCCGCAUCAGUCUGUGCCUUAGAGAGGUUUUGCUGGGAGAAUUGGGGGGGGGGGGGGAGGCUUCUGAAUGGAGGGGAAUCCGGACCUUCCUUGGUUGGAUGCUGGGUAGAAAGAGAAGGUCUUGGCUCAAAGCCUCCUCAGAAGGUCGGUCCGAGAUUUUGCACAAUGCUUGUUGUUCUCUGUGAAUAUAGAAGUCUGUUUCACAUCAGCCUGACGGUUUCCAUGGUGGAGCCGUUUUAUUGUUUGAUGCUAAAGGUUGCUUCUCGUUUAUCCUAUUCCUUCUUUCCCCUUCUCCAUCAUUCCUAUCUGUCCUCCUUCUUUCUUCUCCUCCUCCUUCUUCAUCAUC